UGUAGGUUCUUUUAUAUUGCUUUUUAUUAAGCAGCUUCGUUAACUUUAGUAAUGGAUUCUAUGUACCCGGGGUGGCUCCGGUGGAAUUCAAAAAAGGCCAGAGGAUUGAAGUUAAAGCUGUCAAAAUGACUAGUAUACACACACAACUUCCAUACGAAUAUUAUUCUUUACCUUUGUGUUUACCCAAGAAUGGUACAUUUGUAUAUAAAUCAGAGAAUUUAGGUGAAGUAUUACGUGGAGACCGGAUAGUAAACACCCCGUAUGAAGUCCAUAUGGCUGAGAACAUUAAAUGCCGACUUCUAUGCCAUCAGAAAAAUAAUCCAAUAAACUGGAGUGUUGAGGAAUCUGAAAAAGUUGCAGGUCGUAUUGAACACGAAUAUUUUGUGCAUUUGCUUGUUGAUAAUUUACCAGUAGCUACCAGAAUUACAAACAGUGACACCUCUGAGAGAAAUAUAGAGCAAGGCUAUCGUCUUGGUUUUAUGUCGAAAGGCAAGGCAUACAUCAACAAUCAUUUGAAACUAUUACUCAAAUAUCAUAAGCAUAGCCAAGACUCCUAUCGAGUGGUUGGUUUUGAAGUGGAAACUGUUUCCGUAGACAAGGAUGAACUGACAUUUGCUGAUGAUUCAUGCCAGUUCCCAUCAGACCCCAGACCACAGCUGGUCAAUGAAGACACUGGCACUAAGUUAUAUUUCACAUACUCAGUUGAGUGGGGAGAAUCUGAAAUAAGCUGGGCAUCAAGAUGGGAUAUCUAUUUGGGCAUGAAAGAUGUCCAAAUCCAUUGGUUUUCCAUUAUCAAUUCCAUUGUUGUUUUGUCCUUUUUAUCAGGUAUUUUGACAAUGAUAAUGGUGCGCACAUUAAGAAGAGAUAUAGCUCGUUAUAAUUCAGAUGAGAGCAUUGAUGAUAUGAUGGAAGAAACUGGUUGGAAGUUGGUUCAUGGUGAUGUGUUUCGUCCACCACCAAAGAGAAUGUUAUUUGCGGCUGUUAUUGGUAGUGGCAUUCAAGUGUUUCUCAUGACCCUCAUCACAAUCUUCAUUGCUAUGCUUGGCAUGUUGUCACCGGCGAGCCGCGGUGCGCUAAUGACUGCCGCCAUAUUUCUCUAUGUGUUCAUGGGCCUCAUUGCGGGCUAUUACUCGGCACGAUUAUACAAUACUAUGAAGGGAAAACAAUGGCAGCAGGCUGCGUUCCUAACAGCGACUCUGUACCCAGCUAUUGUGUUUGGAACAUGCUUCUUUUUAAACUUUUUUAUUAUGGGUAAACAUUCCAGUGGCGCAGUUCCAUUUUCGACCAUGAUGGCUUUAUUAUGUCUUUGGUUCUGCAUAUCAUUGCCAUUAGUAUAUUUGGGAUAUUACUUCGGAUGUCGAAAACAACCAUUCCAGCAUCCAGUUCGAACUAAUUUCAUUCCAAGGAAAGUCCCUGAGCAAGUUUGGUACAUGAACAUAUUUAUUUGCAUUUUGAUGGCUGGCAUUCUACCGUUUGGGGCAGUAUUCAUUGAACUGUUCUUUAUUUUCAACGCACUGUGGGAGAACCAGUUUUAUUACUUGUUUGGAUUCCUAUUCCUCGUAUUUUGUAUACUUGUGGUGUCUGUAUCACAAAUAUCAAUUGUUAUGGUGUAUUUUCAACUGUGUGGAGAGGAUUACCAUUGGUGGUGGAAGAGUUUUGUUGUGUCGGGAGGAUCUGCUGUUUAUAUUUUAAUAUACUCGAUAUUUUACUUUUUCACGAAAUUGGAAAUCACAGAAUUUAUACCAACAUUGCUUUAUAUUGGCUACACAGGUCUUAUGGUGUUAACAUUUUGGCUUCUCACUGGCACCAUCGGAUUCUUCGCAGCAUAUACUUUUAUAAGAAAAAUUUAUGCUGCAGUAAAAAUUGACUAA